AACAGGACGAGGUUACAAAACAUAAAAAACAGUUUCGGAAACUCAAGUAGUUCCCCCCAAAACACAACAAAACCAACCAACAAUGACAACAACCCCUUUCCGCUUCUCUCUCUUACUCUUCACAUUCACAUACACAUUCACGUUCUCCCGUUUCACCCCAUCCGCCACCGCCGUCACCGCCGCACCCGACGCUUCCGGCGACAUCGACUUCAUCCGCGCAAGCUGCAACACCACGCUAUACCCGGACCUCUGCUUCUCCUCCCUCUCACGCUUCGCCGCCGCGGUGCACCGCAGCCACGCUAACCUCGCCCGCGUGGCCGUCGCCGUCUCCCUCUCCAAGGCCCACGGCGCCGCCGCCUACCUCUCGCACCAGACCGCCGCCGCAGACUCGGAGUCCGGCGGAGGCGGCGGCGCCCUCCACGACUGCUUCGCGAACCUGGAGGACGCGGUGGACGAGAUCCGCGGCUCGCUGAAGCAGAUGCGGCGGCUCGGACCGGACUCCGAAUCCGGUUCGGUCCGGUUCGGGCUGAGCAACGUGCUGACGUGGAUGAGCGCCGCCCUGACCGACGAGGAAACGUGCACGGACGGGUUCGAGGGCGUACCGGAGGGUCCCGUGAAGACCAACGUAUGCGAUCGCGUCACCCGCGUGAAGAAGUUCACCAGCAACGCUUUGGCGCUCGUUAACGGUUUCGCUAAUAACUUAUAACCAUCAAAACGAACCGUGUCUCUGUCGUUUUGGUUAAGUUAGAACUUAUAAGUGUGAAUCCUUCUUGUAUUUGUAUCUUCUAAGGUUUGGCUUUCUUUCCUUCGUUCUAGCUUUGCGCUUUCACUGGUUAUUGUCAUGCUUUCACUGGUUAUUUUUUUAACUCUCUUGGUUACAUUACUUAUUUAUCUUUAAUUAUUAUAUAAUUUAUAAUGAAAAUUUUACGUACAUU